AUGAUCGCAGAUAUGAUUCAGGCUUCCAGCCAAAGGACUAUAGGCGUGUUUCGCGAUAUCGUGGCUCAACCAAAGAGCAGCACGCCAGCAGUGGCCCAAAAAACCACAAUUAGGGCGCGAAGCGUUGGUGGUAGAUCCGGGACAAAUCACCCAGGGGUAUCAGGACCCACAUAUCGAAUUAGCAGCUAUUCUGGCAGCAAGGCACAAGUCUAA